AUGUACAUUGCUUCCAUUAAUUUCUCACCCCCAUAACUCUUCUUUCCUGCUCAGUUAAUUAAUCAUUUCCAUAGACACUUCACCAAUCCUUUACUUGAUCUAUAUAUAGAUAUAGAUAUAUAAAAGCAAAAAAUGAAGUUUGGCAAAGAAUUUGUGUCACAAAUGGUGCCAGAAUGGCAACAAGCAUACAUGGAUUAUGACUACCUAAAAACCCAUUUGAAAGAAAUCCAAGAUUUCAAGCGAAGAAACAGAGCACCAUCAACACCCAAAGGCCUAAAGAGAAAGCUAACACUUUACAGAGCUUUCAGUGGCCUAACAAGAAGAUCCAACAACAGUCCCAAAAGCCCAACAGCACAACCAGACAUUGAAAACCAAGCCAUUCUGGUCAAUUCGGUCAGGGAAGGAGGUUCGGUGGCCGGGAGACACGAGACGGUGUUCCUCAGGGCGGCGGAGGAAGGCGGCGAGUACGAGAUGGUGUACUUCAGAAGGCUGGAUGAUGAGCUCAAUAAGGUGUUGAAGUUUUAUAAGUCUAAGGCGGAGGAGGUGGUGAAGGAGGCUGAGGUGUUGAACAAGCAAAUGGAUGGUCUGAUUGCUUUCCGGAUCAAGGUGGAAAAACCUCAGAGAUGGUUCGACAGCUCGGCGGAGAUGGCUCGUCUUGCUUCGGAUGUUGCUGCUUCUACAGCUGCAUUAUCGGCCUCCACACCACAUUCAGUUAGAGGAACCAGAAGGACUUUCAUGGAUAUAAUAGAAGAAGAAAGGUUGAGCAGACAGGGGUCGAAUGAAUCCGGUGAUGAUAAAGAAGUAAUUGAGAUGAAAAGUAGCAACCAAAAUGUUCAAGAACAGAAGCUAAACAGCAUCAAGACAACUAGACCAGCUCCAUUAGAAAUACUUGACCAUGUGAAAAUUAACAACACUAGUGAGACUCCGCGUUCCACCCUCAAAGCCUUCCUCAACGUUCCUCAUCAGACAAAACUGAAUUUCAAUAGUGAAAAUCUAAAGAAAGUUGAAGAACAACUUAAGCAGGCUUUCAUCGAAUUCUAUCACAAGCUUCGGCUUCUCAAGAGCUACAGCUUCUUGAAUAUGUUGGCAUUUUCGAAGAUCAUGAAGAAAUAUGACAAGAUAACUUCAAGAAAUGCAUCAAGACAAUACUUGAAGAUGGUGGAUAACUCCUACCUUGGUAGUUCUGAUGAGGUUACUAGACUUAUGGAAAGGGUUGAAGCUGCAUUCAUCAAACAUUUCGCCAACUCAAAUCGCACUAAAGGAAUGAGUGUCUUAAGACCAAAAGCAAAGAAAGAAAGACAUAGAGUAACAUUUUCCUUGGGUUUCUUUGCUGGCUGCACAAUUGCUCUCAUACUGGCACUUGCUCUGAUUAUACGUGCACGCAAUAUUCUUGACAAUAAAGGAAGAACCCAAUACAUGGAAACAAUGUUUCCCCUUUACAGCUUGUUUGGAUUCAUUGUAGUUCACAUGCUUAUGUAUGCUGCAAACAUAUACUUCUGGAGGCGUUACCGAGUCAAUUAUUCAUUCAUAUUUGGUUUCAAGGAAGGAACUGAGUUGGGUUAUCGAGAAGUUCUCCUCCUGAGCUCUGCUUUUGCAGUACUAGCACUUGCCAGCGUGCUUGCGAACCUUGAUAUGGAAAUGGAUCCAGAAACACUUGAUUACAAAGCAAUCACUGAACUUGUCCCUCUGGGAUUAGUGGUGCUUGUAAUCGUCGUAUUGCUUUGCCCCUUCAACAUCAUAUACCGAUCAAGUCGCUUCUUCUUACUCACAUGUGUGUUUCACUGCAUCUGUGCCCCUCUCUACAAGGUGUCGCUUCCUGAUUUUUUCUUGGCAGAUCAGCUAACUAGUCAGGUGCAAGCAAUUAGAAGUUUGGAGUUCUAUGUUUGCUACUAUGGUUGGGGAGACUACAAGCUCAGAGAAAACAGUUGCAAAACAAAUGAUGUUUUCAACACUUUCUAUUUCAUAGUUGCUGCAAUUCCAUAUUGGUCACGCCUUCUUCAGUGUCUCAGGCGCUUGAUAGAAGAGAGAGAUGUUACGCAAGGACUCAAUGGGUUGAAAUACUUCUCGACAAUUUUAGCAAUAAGUGCAAGAACAGCAUACACACUCAACAGAGGCAUGAGUUGGAAGAUAGCAGCCUGGAUUUUAUCAGUCACUGCAGCAAUCUUCGGUACAUAUUGGGACCUCGUUAAGGACUGGGGGCUUCUACAACGGAAUUCUGAUAACCGUUGGUUGAGAGACAAACUCCUUAUCCCCCAUAAAAGUGUAUAUUUCGGGGCCAUGGUCUUGAAUGUACUGUUGAAAUUUGCCUGGCUGCAAACAGUGUUAAAUUUCAGAGUUCCUUUUCUGCAUAGAGAAACCAUGAUAGCACUUGUUGCUGUCCUUGAGAUCUUUCGUCGUGGCAUGUGGAACUUCUUCAGGUUGGAAAAUGAACAUCUGAAUAAUGUUGGCAAGUAUCGCGCAUUCAAGUCAGUUCCACUACCUUUCAACUACGACGAAGAUGAGAACAAAGAAGAGUAGAGUUUUCACAACAUUGAAAAUGAAGCCACCAAAAAGAGGAAAAGAAAGUCAAGUAAAUACUAAAUAGGCAUGUCUGUGAAUGUAUUAGCCAUUCUUUGUCCAAUUUUUUGAGUAAUUCUUUGGAUUUUAGAUCCAGAUAGUGAGAAGAAGUGAAUUCACUUUGUACAUGACAUUCAAUUAAUUCAAACCUACAGAUAAAUAACCCUCACAUA